CAUACCGGGUGAGGAAAGGGAUGACCAGGUGAUGCAUAAAGAUGAACUGCGAUGUGCUUCAAAAGAGCACCGUUCUCAUCGCACGUCGUGCACAAUACCUCCUCCUGAACAACCCUUAAAUGCUGCCUCAACAUCACAUCACCCAUCUCGAUUCCAUGUCCAAAAAUCAAAAGUUGAUUUCGGAACGAUCGACGACUCAAUCGAUCGUGAGUUCGAAUGUAAUCAUUUCCUGUUCAAUGAUUACUUCAAAAACGAUAAUUCUAUUGACAAUCUGAACGACCAGCAAGCGUUAUUCAGUCCUUAUGAUGUACUUAUGCGAUUGCAAUUCCCCUUCAAAAAGAAUCGUCGUACUCAUUCACAUUUUCUCAAAUUCAAGAAUUAUUGGGAAAACUAUUCCUUCUAUGCGAUUUGGCGCAAGAAAUUCAUCGAAGAUCAUUGCUGCGAUGAGCAGGAUAUCUGGAAGGAGUUCUUCAUCGCAUCCGUACCGCACCUCAUAAUCAAUCUCUUUCUCGUUCUGUACGUUAUCGGUGGUGCUGUCAUAUUUCAAAUCGUCGAUGAGAGUAUCCGUCAAAAUCCAUUUCAUAUGAACGUAGUUGCUGCUGAUGAACGAAGAUUACCAGUAGGGGUGGUUGUGGGUCUAUUGUUGACACAUUCGAUGAUCGGCGGUGUAUUAUUCCAUCUGUGGAUCGAUCAUAUGCCCAUCAUUCCAGCCAUUUAUUUCAGUUUUGUGUCAAUAACGACGAUUGGAUACGGCGAUAUAACACCGACUCCGAGUAGUGCCUUUCAAACGUUCAUUAUCAUUUGUUACUUGUCGAUCGGAAUGGUCAUAAUGUCGACAUUUGUAGCAGCGUUGUAUAAUUAUUUACGGCGAUUACAUUACUUGGGACGUAAUUUCAGUGGUGCGGCUAAUGUAGAGGUGUGGUUUGGAGGAACCAGGAUGUCCAUCACUGAACUGUUGCAUAUCGUUGCUGAUCAAUUCGACGUGAGCAUUCAUUACUGUUCCACUUAG